CCGACGCGCGGGGCGGCGCGCGGCCGGCUGUUGUCCGUCCCCCCCCUCCUCCGUGCGGAUGGUUCCGCGCCGCCAUGCCGCGGUACUGCGCCGCGUCCUGCUGCAAGAACCGAGGGGGCCAGAGCGCCAGGGACCAGCGCAAACUGAGCUUCUAUCCAUUUCCACUUCAUGAUAAAGAGAGGCUUGAGAAAUGGUUGCGAAACAUGAAGAGAGAUGCAUGGAUGCCAAGUAAGCACCAGCUCCUAUGCAGUGAUCAUUUUACCCCCGAUUCCCUUGACGUGCGAUGGGGUAUACGAUACUUGAAACAUACUGCUGUACCAACGAUUUUCUCUUCCCCAGAUGAUGAGGGAAAAGAUUCUUCUCAGAACAGCCCACAGGAGAGAAAGAGAGAAGACCCAGAAAAAACAAAUAUAAAUGUAGUGUCAGAAAAAGCACCUGUAUCACUUGAACAUUGUACACCAAAGAAAAAUCUUGUAAUGGCAAAAAAUGCAGGUGAAAAAGCAGAAGUAGUUUGCUCACCUGCAUUGAGUAAACCUUUACAAAUUCAAAAGCUGCAACUUCAGAAUGGAGGUUUUCAGGCAGACAGUGUCAUUCUUGAUAGUUCACUUAAGCAGCAUAUACAUCAACCUAAUCCUGUUCUAGUGACAGCAGCAGUCCAGAGCAUGGAAGCUACCAGUGUUCGUACUUCUGCAGAGGAUGCAGUAGGUUGUACAGCUGCAGUCUUGCAAUUUACAGACCCUGACUACUUGAAUUCAUCUCUGAAGCUGGCAAAUGCUUUAGGUUCAGUUACUGACUACGCACUUGAAAAUCCUGACUCUGUUGUAGGCUGCUCUGUUGAAGUACAGCCAACAAGUGAAAAUGCAGUUUUACUGAGUACAGUCACACAAACUAUCGAACAGUUUGGUGGAAAUGAAGAAUCUGUCAUUGCUAUUAUUGUGCCAGCCGAGAGUCCAGAAGAGCCUGAAAUAGUAAAUAGUUCUUUCCUGCCUAUUAAGCAAGAGUUUCUUGACACAGAGGAGAGAGAAACAGAUAAAUCUGUGUAUAUGAGUGCAUAUGGUGGAGGUGAAGUAUUACAAACUGAGCAUUCAUAUUGCAAGCAAGACAUAGACAGAGAUCACCUUUGGCAAAAAAUUUCAAAGCUCCACUCUAAGAUAACUCUACUUGAAAUGCAGGAGAUAAAAACUUUGGGGAGACUCAGGUCCUUGGAAGCUCUUAUUGGACAACUGAAGCAAGAAAACCUGAUUUCUGAAGAAAAGCUGAAGAUUGUAGAAAACUGCUUUACAACACUUGAAGUGACUAUGAUACAGUAAAGGCUUUCGAUGAUUGUUCAAAAAUUUCUUUCUGGCCUCUUUGACUGUCCUUUUGGACAAAUUAACUUUUGUUUCAGUCAUGGUAUUUUAAGCAUCUACUGCAAAUUGUGUGAAUAGCAAAUAUUCUUUAAAAUGUUACAUCAACCACUACCAAAGCGAAGUUGUAGAAUAUUGCCUGUAAAACAUGACUUGCAAGUAAGCUUUAGAAGAAAAUAAAACCUGUUAAAGUUUCGUUACAAAGUAUAUGAAUGGAAUCAAUAAAGAUAAAUUAAACCUUUCUAGCUGCAGGCUCUUCUAAAACAUGCAACUCCUGCGUUUGGGGCAGCAGUAGAAUGGACAGUUAUAAAACUGUUGUAUAAAAAAAGUGUCCCAAUUCUCUUUCAAAUGAGUAAGGAGGUAUGUAAUACAUUGUCCAGUGAGGUCACAAUUACUCUUUAACCUUCUGUUCAUCUAACAUUUGUUCUGAUAGUUUUUUGUGCACUUUGACCAUAUUAAAAUUGUUUCUGCAA